AUGUCUUCAAAAAAGCGAUGCGGAGUCUUAGGAGCGACUGGAACCGUGGGGACACGCUUCAUUCUUCUGCUCAAUGAACAUCCGCUACUGGAACUGGUAGCUGUAGGAGCAUCCGAGAAAUCAGCUGGCAAAAAAUACACCGAUGCCGUGCGUUGGAAGCAGUCCUCCCCAGUGCCCGCAAACGCCGCGAAUCUGGUUGUGCGACGCUGCGUACCCGCCGAAUAUCCAGAUUGUGAUAUCAUCUUCUCAGGCCUUGAUUCUGAUGUGGCUGGCGAUGUCGAAAUGGCCUUUCUCAAGGCAAAUUUUGCUGUUUUUUCAAAUGCCAAAAACUACCGAUUGGCACCUCAGGUUCCCCUGAUUGUUCCGAUUGUCAACCCGGGACACAUCGAGUCAAUCCCAGCACAGCGUCGCCACUAUCAACUAGAUAAAGGCCUUCUUAUAUGCAAUUCAAAUUGUGCGGUUAUCGGCCUCGUCAUCCCAGCUGCAGCACUUAUUCAAAAGUUUGGGGCUAUCGAACAAGUAAGCAUGGUGACUAUGCAGGCUAUAUCAGGAGCAGGCUAUCCUGGCGUCAGCAGCAUGGAUAUCUUUGACAAUAUCGUUCCAUACAUCCCAGGCGAGGAACCCAAGAUUUCCGCCGAAGCUCGCAAGAUUUUGGGCAGCUUGACGGCGGACCAGACUGGGUUCAUCGAUCAACCUCUCCGCGUGUCUGUUGCCUGUAACCGUGUGCCCGUUAUUGACGGCCAUACGGUGUGUGUGUCGUUACGAUUCGCAAAACGACCCCCGCCAACCGUUAGCGAAGUGCGUGAUGCUUUGAAAGAGUAUAUUCCGGAAGUUCAAACCCUAGGGUGUCCUUCUGCUCCAAAACGUGCUAUUAUCGUUUUGGACGAGGUCGAUCGACCGCAGCCUCGCCUGGAUAGGGAGUCCGAAAGAGGAUUCGCGUGCAGCGUUGGGAGAAUCAGGGAGGACGACAGUGGUAUUUUUGACAUCCAGUUCGUGGCCUUGUCACAAAACACCGUCCUCGGAGCGAGCGGUUCUUCAAUUUUGUCAGCAGAGAGUGCAAUUCUAAAAGGCUACGUCUAG